GCAACCUUCAUCGAAUUCAACAAGUUAAGUUUUUGACUUCAGAAAUUUUCGUGAAUUUUUGUAUUUUCUUAAUUUAUUACCAGGAUUUUUAAAGAGCUUUUCUCUUAGUUGUGCUAUUUUCCCAUAAAAACAUGAGGAAAAUAUCAUUUCGUGCAUCAUGUAAAAAGAUGACUCAAAAGCCUUACGUGGUCUUAUCUCCAAAGCUUCAAAGCUCCAAUUGCUAUAAAGCUUUUUGAAUAAAAAAGUGUUUCUGUGGGCGUGAUAAGUGAUCUGGGUUAAAAAAGAUCAAACAAAAAUGAAUCAUCUCUUCCCUUGUAUGAAAUUACGCUGAGGACACAAUAUUUUAUCGUGCCGUUUCAAAAUCUUUAGUGAAAAACGUAAAUAAAUGAUCUGCAGUUAGAUGGUGUAAAUAAAAAGUGUUCCGAUUCACGGGUUUAUACCCGAAGCUCAAUUUUUUUAUAGACAAAUAAGUGACGGUAGUUAAUUUCUACCGUGUAUCAACUUUAUACGUGAUGCUGGCAGAAUUGUUUACCAAAUAAUAGAAUAUGCUUAAAUUUUCUCAUAUCUUCGUCUUCUUGUUCCUCCGUUUUUGACAAGUUUGAUCAUUUUUGUUAUAAAGUGUGUUUAUGACGUGUUUUUAUUUUUUGUGCUGUUAACUGUUUGUGAAUUAUCUGGAGCGAGUAAACACUGACUUCAAUGCUUAUUGUGAUAAUUUUGAUGUUACACAAAUUUCUUAACAAUGUCUUCAAACAAUGACUCACCCGCAGAAAAGUCUGCAAAGCGGUCCAAUAAAACUAGAAAAAAUGCUGCGGAAUAUCAGGAAAGGGUACUUAGCCAAGUGCAUGAAAUGUUCGAUUCCAUUCUGGAUCCAGAUGUCAUUCUCUCCGUCGUUCAAAAUUGUGACUGGAAACUGCAACCAUCCAUCGAGCAUCUGAUAACAUUAUCAGCGAACGUUAGUUCCCCAACCGAAAACAGCAGCAAUUUAGGUAGUUGUAGCGAAGAUUUUGGCGAAGACGAAAAAAGUGCUUCUCUUGAUAAUCCUGACUCGAGUCCGGAAGAGGACGCUUUUGAAGUCGACACCGAUUUCACUUAUCUAAACAUCAACGACGAGGAACUUCAAAAACAAAAGGACGAAUUCAAAAAGUUCGAAUUGCUGAGAAAAGACACCCAGGACACAAGUUUACUAAAUAAAUCAUCGACUCUAGAAACUAUCGAUGAUGAGGAAAUGAGAGACGAGGACGAUUCCAAUCCACUUCCUGAUGAUUCAGUCCAUAAAAAACAUCCAUAUUCCGAAAAAGCAUCAAGUGAUUCCUAUCAUCUAUUUCCUGAAGAUCAAUUAGACUCGAAUCUGUUAACUUGCAAUCAAAACAAACUCCCAACUUUCAAUCCUCACGGUUCUUCCCAGGAGGCUUUUAAAAAUAUCCGUCAACGCAAAUCCGAGACCGAAUCCCUCUGUGGUUUGAAGGUUCAGUAUCGUUUCGGUGCGCCGGAAACGAGUUCCGACGACGACGCCGACGUUGUCAUCGAGGAGGAAACGAGCGACUACAAUAUUCCGAAUCCUCACAACACACAGUCGAACGUCUGCCAAUUUUUGUCCCUUCAGACUCAGAGUCCUCCGAAAACGACCAAGCCCCGCAUCGGCAUGAUCAGCUCACUCUCGCCAUCAGUUUCACCCUCAGUUUCACCCUCAACAUCACCAUUCACUUCGCCUGCGAACAAGCACAAAUUCAAAGCAUCUCACAAUGCUGCGCUGGCUAGAAUCCGAUCGACAAUUCAGAGAGGAUUCAAGAUCAUGGUUAUACUGAGAGGAGUCCCAGGCAGUGGAAAGUCCUAUCUGGCCAAUGAAAUUGUUGAGUCGACCGUUGGUGGCGACUCCUCGCAGUAUAUUUUCAGCACCGACGACUUUUUUCUCAAAACUGGACGAGGAGUUUACGCCUUUGAUCCGAUCAAACUCUCCGACGCUCACGCCUUCAAUCAACGACAAGUUUUGAAGGCUCUUCUGGAUGCAAGAAGUCCCGUGAUUGUAGACAAUACAAAUACCCAGUGUUGGGAGAUGCAGCCUUAUGUGAGAAUGGCUGUGCAAUACGGUUAUUUUAUCGAAGUUCUUGAACCAGACACACCUUGGCUCUACAAUGCUGCCGAAUUGGCCCGGAGAAAUAAGCACAAUGUGCCGAGGGAUUCAAUUCAGAAAAAAUUGCAGAGAUACGAGCGAAAUGUCACUGCUGCAAAACUCCUGAAGAUGUUUUCCCUGAGAUAUGAUCCUUAUAAUAUGCCGCCUCAACCCUGUUUCCCGAUUCCGUCGCCCUCGAAACCGAAACGUGUGUCGCCUGAUCCGGAAAUUGCCAAGAGGCGCAACAAGGUGGACAAAAAACUCAUCGAAUCUGAGAAAAGCAUUGAGGAUUUUCCGGUUAAAGUUAAAGAUAAUCCGGUUAAAGCCAGGGUUGUGGAUGCAAUCCCAAAUCCUUAUAAUGAGAAGCUCACGGCUCUGCAACUUGCGCUGAAAACCUUUGGAGGCGAUGAUGAGGAUCUGUCUUCGCCCGAAGAGAAUACUCAAAAUUUGAUCCAGGAUAAGUGGGAGGAUGAUGGGAUUAGCUGGGAAGACGAGAUGCGGAAAGUGAAAAUUAAAAAUAAAAAUUCGGAAGCUCUGAGGCACACGCUCAAUGAGGAAUCAUCGAGUAUGGAGAAUAAAAUGAAUCCUUCGAAUCAGGAUACGGCUUCCCUGAAUCUUGGAGCGAUUGGUUCCGAGAGAAAAAACAGCAUGAUUCGAAAUAUAAUGGCCGAGGAGUCUGAUGAUGAUAAUGAGAAUGUUCUUGCUCAGUGUUGGGACUUUACUUUGUUGCUUGAUGGAAGGCAAAUUCAUAGUGUCGGGACGCCUUCAGAAGAUGGAAAGGAUAGCGAAGAGAGCGAGAGAUCGGACGACACGGGGAAAUCGAAAAGUCUGAAUGAAGAAUUGAAAGAGGCGGAGAAUACGUUUGACAAGGAUUCGCCAGAUUCUGGAACAAAGUCUUCGACUUCUUUUGAACAUAUCGAUUCUAAUGGUGAUGAUUUGUUGCUUGAUUCGAAAGAUAAUUUAGAAAAUUCGGAAGAGUUCUUGGAGGAAAAUAAUGAUAGGAAUUGUAGUGCUGAUCCAGAAGGUAAAGUUAGUUUUGGAUCGAUAAUGAAAUUUAUUAAAAAGUCAUUUUUAGGUACUGAUAAUUCUAAAAAGCUUGAAGAUGUAGCUCAAAAAUCGUCCGAGACUGUUAGGGACACGCUCACGGAGAAAUUACAUUCGCCAAUUAAGGAACAAACUAAUCCAAAGAUGUUAGAUUAUGGAGUUGACAAUUUAUCCGAUUCUAAUGAUACUUUAAGCCGAAAAUUAUCAAAUAGUGUCCGCGAGUUUAGUGUAUCAAAUUUGGUUUGUGAAGCUCAAGACAAUUUUGAAAGUGUUGAAUCAAUGGAGAGUGAGUCAAUAAAUAAUAUUAUCGAGGAUGUUGAUGAUAGUUUUUUAAGUGUGGAUGAUUUAAAUUCAGGGGUUCAUUUGAUUUCCUCUUUGUCUGAGGCCUCGGAAGAUAAUUUAAUUAAAUCCGAAACAAUGCAAUUCCCUGGAUCACUCGCAAGAGCAGUUUUAUCUUUAGACGAGAACGAGAUAUUAAUUCUCGAGGAAAAAGAAAUUCAAAGAUCCGAGACGAAGAAUUCUGAUAUCAAUUUGGAGACUAGUCCUAAAUAUUUGGAAACUAUUGACAAUAUUAAUUCUAUAACCUGGAAGGAGUCACCCUUCCCAACUUGUGAAAUAGAAGUACCAGUUAAAAUUGAGGAAUCGAAAAAUGUUGCGACUUCCGAGUCCUCAACGAACACCAGUAUCUACGAUUUUAAUGUUUCCUAUAUUGGAGGCACGAACGAGCCCGAGUACACACUUUUGAAAACCGUCAACCGAAGUAUAAACGAGGGUUUGGUUUUAAGUAAUUUCGAAACUCCUCCUCCGCGUAAAUUAAAACUUGACAAAAGUUCCAUGACGAAUGAUGUCGACGUUUUAUUAGAAUUGCCGAACAUUGCCGGAGAAAUUGAAGAAACGAAUCAGGAAAUGAUACAGGGAUUGUUUGAUAUGUUCCCGCAUAUUUCAAAGGAUGAUGUGAUUGAUGUUUAUAAAAAUUUGUGCAACUGUGAUUCACACUGGACGAUUGAUGUUCUUCUGGAUGGAGUUCCACCUGAAAGUCUUUUGAAUAUUCCACCAAAAUGUUCGUCACCGUCUCGCAAUAAGCGACUGGAGAAAUUGAAACAAUCCUCGAGUUUCGAUUCGAAUGAGAGCGAGCCGAGUUCGCCUAGCAAGCGGAAGGAGAAGAAUCAAGUUUCGGAGGAUAGUUUGGCCUUGAAGAAAUACCUCGAGGACAAGGUGAUGAUCAGCGAGGCUAGUUAUCAUCCUCAUAUUUUGCGGGUGAAGAAAUGGAAAAAUAGAGAACCGGAUGUGCCGACCGAAGAGAUUAUUGAGGCUCAGGCACGAAAUAAGGAUGUCAUUCAGUUUAUCAAUGAUUUGAGUCUAACUGAAGACGCAAUUCCGGAAUCUCCUACCAAUUUUGAUCAGAGUUUUCAAAAGGAAAAGGACGAGAGCGAUGGAGACGAUUCCUCGGAGCCGGAGGAGACGAUCGAGCUCAAUCUAGGUUGGGACUUUAUCAGAAAUUUGUCGAAGGAAUUUGGCAAUCCGAAUUUUCAACUUCCGGAUGGACUUUUCCCGGUGAUUCAGGUGAAAAGAUCUCUGGCUGAGGAACUUCACGCGUUAUGGAUGGAAUCCAUGCAGCAACAAAUGGAUACUCAGCAGGAACAUUUGGAUGCAAUGAUAGCAAAAGAUGCUGAAUAUGCAAAAUCUCUGGAGGCAGAAGAGGCAAAGGCACGAAGCGAUUCUACUGUUCCAAACUUAAACGAAGUAAUGGACAUGGAAUUGGCUUUAGCUGUCUAUAAUAAUGAUUUGAAAAAGCAACAAAAAAGGGAAACACCUCAGGAUAUGGCAUCUCGUUUAACUCGUCAAAUGUUGAAUGAAAUGUUCCCGGAUACUGAUCCCGAAACACUGAGUGAAAUUUUAAAAGCACAUGAUGGAAAUUUUAAAGAGACUGUUCAAAUUUUGGAAGCAAGCACCGGACGUUCUUUCAGUUCCACCGACACUUUGAAUAAGCAAAACAGUCUGAUGGUGAAAGUAAAACAACAAAGUUUAGCAAAAGAGGAAGGAGUAGUUUUUAGACCCUCGUCUUCGUCAAAUGCAGAUUUAGAUACAAGCAGAGCCGAUCAAGUAACUUAUGAACAUGCUUUGCAAACUGCUCGUGAAUCGAGAGAAGAAGCAGAGAGACAAUUUCUAUUGAGAAAUGAAAAUUUUAAUAAAGCUGCUUUAGCUUACAGAAGAGGAAAUCAAGCAGUAGCUUCUUAUUAUUCGGAAAUGGCUAAAUUACAUUCGAGGAAGAUGGAAAGUUCUAAUUCAGCAGCAGCUAGUGCUUUUCUAGCUGCUCAAACACACGCUUCAAACGAAGAUAAUACUUUAGAUUUACACAAUUUGUUUGUCCCGGAAGCUUUACAAGCUUUGGACAUAUUUUUGGAUCAUCAACUGGGAAUUUUAAAUAGGGGAAGCAAAAAAUCGGUGGAAUUAUUUAUUAUUACGGGUCGCGGUGCCCGGAGUAAUAAUAACAAAAGCAAAAUAAAACCAGCAGUAUCGAGAAGACUUACGAGUAGAAGUAUCAGUUUCUCUGAAGCAAAUCCUGGAUGCUUGAAAGCUAAACUCCGCCGGAACAAUGUUGCUUCUACCUAAAUUUUUAUUUUUAUGGAGACAUUUGGAUGGUAAAGUAAUCUAUUUUUUUCCAAAAAUCCUAUUUUCCUACUUUAUGAAGAUUCAUACUUGUAAACCUUGUAAAUAAGAGCGUGUAAUUCGAGUCUUAAAAGAGAGAAGAUCUUAAUAUUAAAAAAAAAGGAAAACGAAAAAAAACGAGUACAUCGAAUUAAUACAAAUUUCUGAAAUUCUAUUUAUUAGUCCACAUUUUGUGAGAGCCUUUUUUUAUUUUUUGACUAUUAAUUUUGAUAAGUAUUCUAUAUUUUUUAUUGCGAAAGGUAUUCUUCUUCCUGUAUCCAUUUUUGGCAGAUUCUCUCUACACGAUUUAU